AUGUUCUUUAAAAACCAAGUGAACACAGUGAGAAUUGUUGAUACUACUUUUAAGCGCAAAAGCACCUUUUCCCCGAUAUUGCCAUCCAAUGUAGAAUGUUUUGUGAGAACAUGCGAGAAAGAUAUUUACAACUUGUAUGCUAACAAACAUGUUAAAAAUAGAUUUUUUAACUUAGAUAGAGCUGAGUAUAAUUCUUUGAUGAAUUUGAAGAACAAUGAUGACAUAAUAAUAACCAGCGCUGACAAAGGGGGAGGAGUGGUGCUUUUAGAUAGAGUAGAAUAUAUAAAGACAAUAGAAGCUACUUUAAUUCAGAAUGACACUUAUGAAGAACUCACGUUAGAAGGAGUCAUGAGCAUAAUUAAGAAUGUAAGAGAUGAGUUGUAUGACAUCCUGAUGUGCAGACAAGUCAGUAAAGAAAUGUUUGAUUUUCUUCACAUAGAAGAACCACUUGUACCAGUGCUAAAGGGUCUGCCGAAAAUACACAAACAAAUUGAACCGAUACCUAUGAGACCCAUAGUGUCAGGAUCGGUUUUGAAGUGGUGGUAUAAUGUCAUCAGUGUUUGUUGUUUACGAUGGUGUGGCGAUGGGAGUUCGGGACACAUUCCCUUGAAGGAGAUGCCAGCUGUUCAAUUAGACACACAACAUAUGGGAACCGAUGUUGUUAUUGUUAAGAGUGGCAGAAGAAUUUGUGGUACUGGAGCCUGCUUGGCAAAUGCUCCACUGCAUCAGAACAAAAGUUAUUUUGAAUUUAAAGUGCAGUCUACAGGUGUCUGGGGGAUGGGUGUUGCUACUCAGAAAGCCAACUUGAAUCAAAUUCCAUUAGGCAGAGAUCUACAUAGUCUGGUGCUGAGGCAUGAUGGUACCUUAUACCACAAUAAUGAAGAAAAGAACAGACUACCUGCAAAUAGCCUCCCUCAAGAAGGGGAUGUGGUGGGAAUUAGCUAUGACCACAUAGAGAUGAAUUUGUACUUAAAUGGAAAGGAUAUGCACUGUCCAGCAUCAGGAAUUCGGGGUACUGUUUAUCCUGUUGUCUAUGUUGAUGACAGUGCCAUUUUGGAUUGCCAGUUCAGUGAGUUUUACUACACCCCUCCACAAGGAUAUGAGAAAAUACUCUUUGAACAACAGAUCUUUUGAACUUACUUUCCUAAGGAACUAAAGCUUCCACUUUUAUUCUCCAUCUGCUGCUUUCUGGAAUGAGCGUCACAUUACUUUGAUUUGGAAGAUGCACCUGGUAUUUUCUUGUAAAUGUUACCAGCAUGAUUAUAUAGCUAACAACACCGGAAAAAAAAUGUUGUUUAAUACAAAAUGUUCUGCUGGCUUAUUUUUGUUGUAAAACGUGUAGUUGUUAGGAAAUGCAAAUUGAUGGAUUUUUUUCAUCCUCUUAACAUACAUUAAUUUAUUUGUUCCAACACCCCCCCCCCCCUGCAAAUUAUGUGAUAAUGGUAUGGGUUAUUGAGCAUUUUGAAUGUAAGGGGUCUCUAUGUAGACUCUAGAAGAGGUAUUACUGGAUUUGUACAUUGAAAAACUUGAGAAAAUCAAAUGGAUAUCAAGUAUUUUUACAAGUUCAUGUUACCAUACCUGAUGAGUCUAUAACCAAACGUGCAUUUACAGGGCUCUAAAUCAGAAAUACUUGCACAUAAUGCUAGUAUAUGCAGUAGGCCAGUGUUUAAAGGUCCUUUAAAAUGUUUUAUAUUUUUUAAAGAUGUGUAGGGCAAACACAUAAAGAUGUUUGUAUGAUAAAUGCACAAAUCAAGGAGUAGUUAAAUUUUAUGACCAUCUGUUUAUAUAUUAAAGUAGUUAUUGUUUUGUAUGUAAUUUAGCAGUGUUUGGUAAGGGAGAAGUAUUUUUGUUGCAAGCAGUUGAAAGGCAAAAUAUGUGUUGCCUGCACUGCAAAAAUGUAUUGUAAAGAUAAAGUGCAAUGUAGCCAGGGGUACUAACCCACAGCUUUCUUUUAAAUGUCAGCUGUAACAUACCUGGCAAUUCCAGUUUGCUGUAUUUGUUUUAAACAGUGAAUGAUUCCUAUAAAGACUGUUUGUUGGUGCAGAGUUGUUUUAAAUGUAUGUAUUUGCUGUGUUCAUUGUUCUAAUAAUGUUAAUGAAGACCGUAAUGCUGUUAAUAUCUUGAUUUAACAAAAUGUGACUUUGUGUAAUAUUGGAGAACAUAGUGAAACUUUUUUUUUGUAAAUAUAACCAAAAAAUAAUGCAGGUUAUAUAGUCACUUUAGGUAAAUAUUUAUUCAUCCAUAGCUUUUCCUGGAGUAUCUGGUAAAAUAAUUGUAUGUUUAUUUUUUUCCAUUGAUACACUUCUUUGAAGGAUAUUAUGUAAUGCAUACAGUUGGCCCAAAUUGGAUAGUAUUCUGGAAUAUUUCUCUUAAUGUGGGCAUUUGAAAAUGUAAAGAAAUUGACGCACAUUAUUUUUAUAUAACUAUUAAUGCUGUAUCAGUAUAAUUUAUUAGGAAUUUUUACUCGAUGUUAAGGAAUACACUUUUUACUUGCAACUUUGUAGAGGUCUGCUCUAGCUCUAACAGUAAUUAAAGUUAUUUUAACUUUGUA